AUGGCGUCCAAGGCAGUCAACCGCCCUACCGACACGCAGGUCAAGGAGAGGGAUGUCAAUAACAAGCUGCAGCUGUACGGCAUCUACUCUGCCUUCACCAACGGCAAGGUCCCAUCCAACAAGCAGAUCGAUGUUGCGCUCAACAGCGCACUGGCAUCAAAGCCGCUCGCCUCGCCCUCUAAGAAGCUGUCUGCCGAUGGCCAGAAGCUCGUCGGUGACCUGAGAGAUGUUAUUGAAGCCGCCAAGCUCCUUGUCCUUACCAAGAACGACGGCAACCUGCUCCAGGACUUUAUCUGGCAGACUCAGCAGAUCCACGGUGGUGAUGCGAAGGCCCCCAACGCUCCCAUCGACAAGGACACCGCGAGGCAGCACGGCAACGAGGCCCUCGAAGGCCUGAGGACUCUUGGAACCCUCAUCAUCUCCAACGGCCAGUUUAGGAAGCUGCUCAAGGAUGCCCAAAUCAUUCUUAGGGAUAUGGUUGGCGAUGCCGCAACGAAGACCGCGAACAGGGUGAACCCCACUGAGGAGCAGCUCGCACAGCUGGAUGACCCUGCUGCCGACAACACUUGGCAUGAGACGCCCGACUUCAAGGGUAUGAAGGCCGAGUACCAAGAGAAGUACAACAAGAACAAGCUUUUCGGCAAGAAGCAGGCCCAGAAGACCCUCGACAACAGUGCUCAGGUUGCUCAGGCCGAGGGUGCCGAGGCUGGUGCCAACGCUGGACUUGUUGACGCGAAGCAGAGGCUCGAUGAGAACAUCCCCGAGGAGAAGCAGGAUCAGGCCCGCCAGUACCGCGAGCGCACCCAGAACUACCUCCGGGAGAAGAUGCCCAAGGAGCGUCGUGAGCAGACCAUCUGGCGCCUCAAGAAGAUGGUUGUUGAGGUCCAGGGCCACCAAGAUUACAUGCGUGCCAUUGAAACCCUUCUUCGUUUGGCGGAGGAAUACACCGGCCACUCUAGGAACCUCGCUGGUCAAGGUUCUGGGGCCGUGAAAGGUGCCCACAAAGAUGACGCUUUGCAAGGAGCCGAGACUGACCUCAAGACCCUCCUUGAGCGCUUCGCCAACAGCACUUCCCUGGAUGACCUCUUCGACUCGAUCAACCAGAUCUACAAGGAUGCUGAUCGUGACCCUGAUCUGAAGAACUGGUUCAAGAACUUGGACACGUACAUCCGCAGGUGCCUUAAGGAGCAGGGCUUCAUUAUGCAGCCGGUUGCCAACGAGGAGUGGAACCGUCUUUAUGACCAAGGCCGCUUCCUCCUUCGCGAGCGCUACAGGACUCACACUGACCGCAUCAUCGACGAGUUCAAGUUCAUUGGCCAGCAGUUCGACGCCGAUCCUCAAAACAAGGCCUUCGGCAAUGCGUUGAACAAGCUCUUCUUGGACCUUGGCCAGGACGAGACCGGCGCGGCUUCUUUCAAGCCCCACCUCCUCAAGGAUCUCUCCGAGGUCAUCGUCCCGGCAUUCUUCGAGAAUGUGCGGUACGUCCCUAUUCCUCGCAUCGAGUACACUGAUCCGGAGAUGGAUGCCAUUGUCGAGAACCUUGUCAUCGAGGGAGACAACUUGGCUCCCAACGUCCUCGAGUUCGCCAGCGACAACCACUGGCGCUGGGGCCGCAAGAAGAUCACCAACAAGAACAAGAACAAGGUGAUGAUCUCGGUGUCCGGCGUCCAGAUGGACCUCCGCGAUGUCAGUUACUACGUCAACAGGAAGAAGGGCUUCCCCUCGCUCAAGGACAAGGGUGUUGCUGAUAUCUUCCUGGGCGGCGAGGGUCUGAGCUUCAAGAUUUCUGCCGAGACAGCUGACAAGGCUGACGGCCAGCACUUCUUCAAGGUCUCGAAGGUUGAUGUUGAUGUAAAGAACUUCAGCAUCAAGCUUAAGAAGUCCAACCACAAGCUGCUGUUCGGCCUUGUCAAGCCUCUCCUCAUCAAGGUCAUCCGCCCUGUUCUCCAGAAGGUUCUGGAGAAGCAGAUCAAGGAUAGCUUCAUCAAGGCUGACGCCUUACUCUACGAUAUUCACGAGGAGGCCGAAAGGGCCAAGGCCGAGCUGAAGAAGAAUCCUGAUCCGGAGAACGCCCAGAACCUCUACCAGCGCUACGCGGCUGCUACGCAGAAGAAGCUCAUGGAGAUGAACCAGAAGAAGGAGAAGGCCAAGGAAGCUGUUGCCGACAAGAAGGUCAAUGUUGCUGUUACCCAGCACGACAGCAUCUUCAAGGACAUCACCCUCACCGGCGGCAUCAGCUCCAAGGCCACCGAAUUCAAGGACCUUGCCAAGCAGGGUGACAAGUGGGAGAGCCCUGUCUUCUCGAUCGGCUCGGCCAAGGAAACCUCGAACCUUCCCAAGAUCUCUGCUGUCACUCGCAAGCCCCACCGCACCACCGUUGACAAUGCCGGUUAUGCCAACGGUAACCCCAACUUCCAGACCCAGCACUUCCAGAAGGAGGUUAACCAAGCCUUCAACGGUACCACCGAGGGUGCUGAUGGUUUGAGGACGGGCAUUAACGGCCAGCACACCACUCUUGGCUCUGCCAACCCUGUUAUCCAGGGCAGCGUGUAA